AGCCUAGUGUUUUGUGAUCGAUUCAACACUGUGAUCGAACAUGAUGUAUUACCGACAUCAUUAACAUCACUCUGCUUUGGACUACACUUUAAUCAAUGUCUUGACAGUCCAGGACUGCUGCCUCCAUCAUUGACCUCGUUCACAUACUUGGGCCUCCACGACAUCAAGCCAGGUGUGCUGCCAAAGUCACUCAAAGAGCUUGUACUUGGCGCAUUCGACCAUGACCUUACGCCAGACACACUGCCCUCAUCAAUAACACGACUUACAUUUGGCAUGUUCAACAGGACAAUAUUGGAAGGUGUGCUCCCAGCAUCACUCAUUCACCUUACCUUUGGAUAUCAAUUUAACAGGCAGUUGCUCCCAGGAUCAUUGCCACAGUCACUCCAACACCUGAACAUGGGCUAUAUGUUCAAACAUGAUAUACUGCCGUCGACACUGCCCUCAUCGCUCCAAUCACUUAUCUUUAGCGAAACGUUCCAUCUAUCUAUUGAGCAUGUUCAACUUCCCCCAUCUCUCACCAAGCUGAGGUUUGGCUAUCUCUUUGAAGGUGGACUACCGGCUAUACUCCCGCCAUCACUCACACAUCUGGAAUUUGGUGCUUGCUUCAACCAGGCAAUAAGUGGCGCACUGCCGGAUACCAUGUCCACAUUGAUCUUCUCCGAGGCCUAUACACAUGUGAUGCAUGAAGGGAUUCUCAGGCCAUCACUCACCAAGCUAUGCAUGGGUCUCAACGCGAAUAAAGAACUCAAACCUGGUAUGCUGCCUCAGACACUCACCGAUCUGACACUUGGUGCAUCGUUCAACGUACAAUUCAACAAAGGAAGUCUUCCAGCCUCACUCAUCUCACUCAGACUGGGCUCACUCUACAACCAACCAUUCAAUCAAGGUGUGUUGCCUGUAUCUCUCAAGCAUAUGUCCUUUGGCACCUGCUUCAAAUCAAUGAUUGAGUUCCCCAACCAACUCCAAUCACUCAAGAUUGCAAGCACUGAUCAACUACACUAUUUACAACAACUUCCAUCAUCGGCGCAGUCAGUGCACAUUACCAACAUUGAGACCAAUAGCAAGCUCACACUCCCAUUCUUUGCCCAACCACCCGCCCCAACCCGUCUCAGCUUGUUGUCGGCCAAACUCUACUCACAUAGUUCAAUACGACCCGAGCACUUUGACCUGAAUGGCAAAGCUGUACAAGUCCAACUGGUACAGAGCAUGGCGGCCAAGGUGCCCAAUGUAGAGAACUACCGUUUGACGAUCAGAGUCAAGUAUGACUCUAAUCCUCUGGACAAUGCACUUCACUUCCGACACUUGGACGAGCAACACCUACUCUACGUACUGAUAUCUGAUCAUUGGAGCUCACCAGAACAGACGUGUCUAUAUGGAAUCAUUCCUGUUCUCCUGGAGAAAGAUGUAGAAGCAUUAUGGAAACCACUCUUUGGUCCAAAGUCUAGGAAACAACCACCAAAGGAAGGUAAUGCCAUCUCAUCAUUCUUAUCAUCAUUG